UCACCCAGCAAUGCGUCUCAUGUACUUAUUACCCUACAUUUCAUCUGCAACGACCAACCAGGACAGUACAUAUUUGUUCUAUUACAUACCCACACAUACUCAUACAUUUAACUUCAUAUCCAUAUAUACAUACAAUAGUAAGUAGUUAUACUGAGUACAUACUCAUACAUCAGCGAUCGUUGCAGUACAUAUUUUAUUACACUGCUGGGUAUGCAUUGAUUUUAAAAAAAUAUGUAUUGUUUCUUUCAUCAGUUAAUUAAACUCUCAAGUGCUAAUAAAUAUACUUUUAAUAGUGAUACUAAUUAUAAAUAAUAAAUAACAAAUCUGCAGAAAUUAGUGGGCGGAAUUCAAAAAUUCAAAUUUUUAAAAUGACUGCGCUAAGUGACGAAGAGAUUUUAAAUAAACUGGAGAAAAAUAUAUCAGCUAAUGAUGAAAUUAGUAUUCUAACCUAUAUCAACAGUGAUAACAAGAGGAUAAAUUUAUUCAAAACAAUGACUGAUAACCAGUAUUUAGAAUUAUGUAAAUUAAUAAUUAAUUUUAUGACAAGUGAGCAUGAAAAUGAGCCACUCAAACAAUCAUGUGGUAAAUUAUUAAAUAAUUUAUUAAAUAACUCACAUAGAAAAAUGAAUUUUUUUAAUUUGUCACUGACAUUUGACCGUAACAAAAGACUGAAACUCUUUGAAUUAAUAAAAACUAUUGAAGACAAACACUUGACGAGGCUUAUUGAGGAUCAAGACACCUGUACCUUUUUAAAUGACUGCUUGAGAGAAGUCAACGCUGACAAUAUGGAGUGGCUGUCACCCGCAGCAUGUACUGACAACAUUCUGCUAUUGAUACAGGCAGAGAAAAAGCCAAGCGACUUUGAAGAUCUCCUGAUUUACAGUACUCUGGAGUUUAUUCACCGACUGUAUGGAUACUUACUGACCAACGUCUUGGCUAUACACCAGUUCCACCAGCUGCUGAUGGACAAAGUAGUGACACUGCUGUACAUGGGUCACAAAAAACAACGAACUAUAUCAAUAAAUCUCUUCACCACAGCCCUGAAGACGGACAUCCGCAGCUACAUCCGGCAGCAUCAUGAAGAAACCUGGACUACAUACCGCAGCAAUCUCCAGAACGUCUUCUACACCCGUAUGCAGUCGUUAGUAAAAGCCAGUGAGCCAGACUGGUGGUUUCAGUGGUGCCUGAGCAUCCAGGCUCUGGGAACGGACCUCCAUCGCGGCGCGGACUUGAUAAAUAAUCUCUUGAGCGUCGAAGAACGGGCGUUCAAGUCCCCUGACAUGUCCAUCAGGAUCCAGGCUUUCAGAGCCUGGAAGCUGCUGAUAGAAAACUUCGCGAUCGACCCAACCCAGCUCGCGAUUCCCCGGCGGAUAAAAUUGCUCUGCAUUCCACUGAACGCGAACAACAACAAAACGGAGUCAAUAGCUCUAGCUAAGUUCGAAGUCUGGCGAUACUUGAUUAUAAAACUCUCCUCAAAGCCUGACAUGUCUCUGACUCAAGUGGUGACGCAGUUCCUGAACUUCUGCUUCGGGCCACUGGGCGACACUCCGCUGCUGUCAACUAAAUCUGGGAUCCAGUCGUCUCCUGGAAAGCGAUUCAUCAAAGCCCGGAAGUGGGCCGUGGACUCUCUGCUCCAGCUGUUGGUCUCCAAUCCCCAGGGCCGUCUCACGAUCACUGUCGACUACACAGACAAUAUUCCGGCGAUAACUCAGGAACUUUUCCAGGAAAGUUUCAAGAGCUACAUCCACAGCGCAGGGGAAGCUUGUCUGCUGAUCAACGACUCCGAGUUCGUCUUCGAGAACCGGGAGACACUGAACCGCAUCCUCUGGCAAUCAUUGGUCGGGUUCAUAAACCAGUCUACUGAUGAACUGAAACCCAAAAUGUACAGGGAGUUGAUUCUGAUCAUCGGCGAGGUGAUAACUCAUAUAAAAGUCCGCGAUCAAUUGACCAGCAGUCUGCUACUGGACAUAAUCGUACCCGAGCUAGUAAAAGUAAUCGAACACUUGCUGUACCGGGACCAGACACUAAUGGACCUGGUGGUAAAACUCCUGGACUCCGAGUUUCUCACCCACGGGAACAGCGGACUCAAAUCCCUGGUAAUUCAUACCAUAAAACCGGAAGCUGUCACAUCUUAUCAUCCAGCGUCUUUGUCGUUCAUCAGAUCCAUCACCCGGCAAAUGGAGUCUUUGAUCAGCAAUGAAAAUCUCAGCAGCUUCAUCAUCGAGCUCUGGUCAGAAUUAGCAGACCUGCUGGUGAAAUUCAUCUCCAACAACCAGACGAUCAAUGAAGGAACUACUCUAGCGCACAAUUUUGACAGCACGUACUCCCUGCUGCUGUUGCCAUUCAAAAACAAGUGGAUCAAUGACCAAGAUGUCAAUUAUCUGGUGAAGAUCAGCCGCAUAUGGAAGGAACUGUACGCACACUUUAAUAUCGCCGCUGAUUUGGUGGCGACUGUCAAGAACAACGAAGUCCUGGACCACGUGGCUGAUGCCCUGCUGGUGAUAAUCAGCGCCAAGGACACAGAAAAAUUUUCCUACAGGUUAAUCUGCUUCAUCUUUGAGGCGCUGAUGAACACGAUUCACUACGCGGACUUUCUGGCUCUUGAGCAAGUGCCCAGUCUGCUGAUACUGCUCCGAGAUGUCACUCAGGCAGCCCUGGAACACGUGACGUACGUCAGUGAAAUCGAGUGCAGCCUGAAGACGAUGGCCUCCUUGCUGAUAACCGUCUACGGGCUGAAUCAAAGUCAGGCCCGCGUUCAUCUGAGUGUCCUGAGACCUUGCGUCGAAUUGAUGCUAAAAAUAAACACCGAGUCCAUCAAAGAGAUUGUCACCACUUGGGAAACGGUCGUCAUAAUCCUGAGAGGUCUCUCCAGUUCCCUGACCAGCGAAUUCGUGAGCUCGUACCGCGAGGCUCUGGUCGUCGCUCUCUGUCACCCGAACCAUGAGAUUGCCGCCCAGACGAUGAGUGUCCUGGACAUCCGGGCGAGCUGCGGUGAUGAAAUUAAAAGGAUUCUUGAUGAAGUGGAGGCUGAAGCCCAGAAGAAUGUCAAUUUUUCAGGUGGGAAGAGUGAUGAGACGGAGAAGAGACCUGUCAAAGUCGCGGGAAGUUUUCUCGCCAGAAGAUCUGGGGUAAAAGCUGGCAAGAAAGGAAAAGAAAAACGCGUAGUGCCAGUUCCGCCUGAACCAGACUCACAAGAUUAUGUUCUGAUACAAAAUGAUGUCAAAGUUAACGUCAAUUUGCUGACGGAGCAUCAGAAGGAGUGUUUUAAACGUCGACGGGAGGACAUACCCGCGAUGUACAACGACCUGUCGCAAUCUGGGUCUCGGAACACCCAAGAAUUGGAGGAGUGGUUCAAAAAUAAAGCCAGUGGAUCCACGGAAGCUACCGAUGACAACAAAGAAAAUAAACUACGCGAGGAAGCUGUCAAAGAGAGUGAGGAAACUGUUGAUAAAACUGAAGAACUGAGUCCGGAUGGUGAUAAGGUCGAUGAGCCGGUGACAGUUUGCGCUGUCAAGAAACUUAACUUUGAAUCCCGCGAUGAGUUUCCUGACGAGAAUGAAAACACGCAGGAGAAAGACCUGACGGAGAUUAAAUUUAAUAGGAGGAAGCAGAGUCACGUGACGAGGAUCUACGCCAAGCGUAGAGAAGAUGCCAGAGGGUCUGCGGAGGGUAGAAGGAACGGCAGAAGCAGACGUGGACGCAGACGAGGCGGGAGAUCUAGGCUGAGUGGCGAGCGGGAAAAUUUAAAACGCAAAGCUACGGACUCGGAAGAGUUCGCAGAUGUCAAGAGACGCAGGCACUCGGCUCCGCAUUCAGCGGAUCUCCAAAGCGACACUGAAAGUUUUUGUUCAAAUGACAGCGAAAAGUCUUCGCCUACUGACGGAAGCAGCGGCAGCGGAAGUGUCAAUAGAACUGGAGUCUCUCAGAGAACUAGGAAAGAAAUGUCCAGGUUGAAGAUCGACAUGGUCUUUGACAGCCUGAACAAGAGCAAGCUGCGCAAUAAGUCUUGUGACGAGCAGCGCAAGAACAGCGACGACUUUGUCUAUGAGAAGAUGAACAAAAGGCACUCGCUGGAUCCUUACAAGCUGAUGCGGAAGACCACCAGGAGCAGCGGAGAUGCCAUGCUGGUCGAGCAGCAGUAUCUUGGACAAGUUCGCCGUAAGCGCAAGCGUGAUCUUGCUAAAGAUUCUGAUAAAAAUCAGGGGCAUGAAGAAUUCAAAUUUUUGAGUCCGUUGUCCAGUCCCUCGACCUCGACUACUUCUAAUUCGACCGCAGACCGGCAGGAUGAUGAUGAUGUCAUCGAAAGCUCGCAGGAUUUAUGCUCCGUCAGGUCUCCUAGACGUGAUAAAAAAAUAGAAAUCAGCAGUCAACUGACCACUAGUCCUGUCAAAUCUGAAGCUCCUGAACCAGCAUCUCCAGUUACAGUGAAUCCAUCUCCAAUUAAACCCAAUGAAUCUCCAGUAAUACCAACAUCUCCAGUUAAGCUCACAGUCUUUCCUGUUAAACUGCCGUCUCCAGUUAAAUCUAGUCUAGAAGAAACGGAAGUCAUCAAAGAGCCAGAUGAAUCAAAGACAAAUUACUCAUCACCUAAAAGUAUAAAACGUCUGGGAAAAGUUAAAUUAUUUACACCAGGUCGCGGCGCUCACAUGCUGGGUCUGGUAACGAAGCUGGGGAUAGCUGACAGCAACGACUCUGACGAAGACAGGUCUAGAGUAACGAAACCCAAAGACACUGAGCUGGAGGUGAUCAAGAAGGACCGGGUCAAGGAUGUCGGGAGUCCUAGUGGCAGCAGACAGGAAAAAAUAUUCAGUAAUAUGAAGUCUGGUGACUAUUUGCUGUCUCCGCCUACUAAAUUAUUUAGUAACCUGAAAAACGAUGGGGAAAAAAUUUCACCCAAGAUGGAGAAGACAAAAGACGUUGGUAAAACAGACCACGAUUACGCGGAACUGAAGGAAGUUGAUCUGCCGAUUCUUGAAUGGUCUAACGCUAACCCGCCUUCGCUGACAGCUUCUCCGAGUGCUGGGAUCCUCAAGCGCCGCGUGGCGAGUCUCAGUACCGCGAAUGUUCCCGUCAAUAACGCGGGAAAUUCGGCUGAAGAAGCGGCGGAAAAGCGGAAGCGCGUGAGUUUCGCCGACCCUCCGGUCUCCAAAGAAAUGGGCUACGAAGUUCUCUCAGGAUCCCCUGCUAAGAUGAACAAACUUUUGAUAUCCAGGAGUUUUCCUGGUAGGAAGGACACUCCGUUUAAAUUAAAGCAGUCGCGGCUGAGGACAAUUCUGAUGGGGGAUUUGAAGCCCAAAGAAGCCCAGGUUCAGGACAAAGGACUUGAGGUCCAUGUUGACGGUCUGUAUGACGUAAAUAUCGAGGACAAGGAUCAGGAGACAGUAGAAGUCUCGAUGGCCUCGCAGGAUAUUUUCCAGGAAAUUAGUAUAAUUGACGAGGGUAAAAAGGACGACGGGUCUAUCGAGUCAGUGGUGGAGGAGUUUGCGACCCAGGACUCGACGAUUGAGAGAAUUAUCAACGGCACGAUCAGCGAUGGGGUGAUGGCAGAUGGUAAUGGCAACGUGGCCUUGGAGGACACGGUUGACGUGAAAAAUAUCAGCAAUUUUACUGUUGAUGAAAGCAUUUAUAAGCCGGUGCGCACGAGCACGAAGGAAAACAUAAACGUGAGUGAUACUUUGCUGAUCACUGAUUCGCUGUUCGAGAGUCGGUCCCAGAGUCCAAGUUUGGAGACCGAGAACCAGGACCGGGAUCAGAAUCAAAUGGAAAUGACUGACCCGAUUUGUCCGACUUUGCUCGGAUGCAUGGAACCAAUCGAGUCGAUUGUUGACAGCCUGGUCCAUCCGCUUUGGUCGAAAAAUUUGUCAAAGUUGCUGAGCUCGAGGAAUAUUAAUACCGUUGGAGAUCUGGCUGCGUUGAGUAGCGACGAGUAUGACAAGCUGCCGUUAAAAGGCACCGGGAGUCCGAAAGUUGAACAUGUCCGGAGAGUACUGACAGAUUUUUCCAUGUCGUUGUCGGUGCCGAUGGAAAAGUUGACUGGGAAGUGUGGCAGUGAAGAACUGAUGGAUGUUGAUGCUGAUGAUGAGUCAAGGAAAGUUGAUAGAAUUGAGCUGGUUGAAGAUGUAGUGACCCCGGCUACUUACAAUGAAGAGGAUUUGAAUAUCACUGAAGUACUUACUGAUAAAAUUCGAGUUACGGGACAGGAGUUCGUUGGUGAUGAGACUAAGGAUAUGUAUAGUUCUAAUGGGUUUGGGUCGAUUAUUUUGGACAGCACGCUGUCGCCGCCUAAGAAAUCGUCGACGGGAAUCAACAGUGGGCUGAUGAGCUCCGUUGAUAGGAGAGAUGUUGGAGUUUCGACUGAUCCAGUUGAUACUAAUAGCAAAUCUGUUGAUGUACAAAUGAAGUUAGAAGAUUUAUUAGAUGAAAUUGAUGUUAAUGUUGUGUUGGCUAGUGGUAUUAAACGGAGCUGUCCUGAGAGUAUUAUCAAAGCUUAUAAGGCAAAAAUGAUAAGCAACGAUGCAGACAUAGGACGUGAAACAAUGCGUUUACUAGGAAUGGAAACUUACGCCGACACAUGUUUAAAAAUAGCAUGUCGUGAUUACGGGGCCUCUAAAAUAAUCGGUCGCCUUCCUGGCAUAUUCAGCAACGACAAAGAAUUUUUUACCAAAGUCCUCAAUACCUAUCGCAUGAAACUGACCACCACUGACCUGCUGAACGUCUUCGACACCAGCAGUCUCAAGCAGGAGCUCUGUAAAAAAUUAACUUCCGUAGAACUCUGCGAAAUGCUGUCGCGCGUGUUAGCCGACGAGGAGAAAGAUGACAUAAAAACACAAAUAAAUGACGAGACAUGUCUGAACUCAUUGUUAAAACGAAUGCCCGCCGAUUCGGUGAUCAGUCACACCGUCGCCAAUGACGAACUGAUACCACCGCCUGUCGUUCUUGACAUCGCGCUGCAGAAUAACUCACCCGAGGUUAUCGCUGCGGCUUUGGAUACCAACAGCAACACCAUCAAUAAUAUCAAAGACACGAUCAUCAAUAAAUAUCUAACUCCUGAUAAAUUAAUUACUUAUUUGAAUAAUAAACAGACGGAACUUUCCAAGCAACAGCUUGUUGACAUCUACCGAUUUAUUUGUGAUAAAUUUUCAAUUGACGAAUUGCUUGACAUUAAUAAUGAUAUUAUUAAAGAUAAAUUUAAACAAUUUAAAUAAUUGAUUGAUUAAUUAAUCACUUAUUUUAAUUACUUAUUAAUUACAGUCGAAGUUCAUUAACUCAGUCCAUUAAUUCGGCUUUCCCUAAAUCUUAACCACACGAGCUCCGCUGUCUGCCAUGUGAGGGCGCAUGCGCAAAAGUAAACUUUUGGGGGGGCAUAAGAACUAGGAAAUUCGGAGAAAUUUCCGGUUCGCAACAAAAUGUCCGUAUUAAUGGCGUUCGACUGGAAAUUAUUUUUUGAGCUCUCUUGCGUUUGGUCAGUAAUUUUUUUCAUUUUAAAUAGAAGUUCAAAAAAUUAAUCAAUUAGUAAUUAAAUUAGCAAUUAAUGUAAGUUGUAAAUACCACAUCUGUAUAAAUAUAAACUAUUUUCAUUUAAAAAAAAUAAAUUCGUUAAGAGUAAUUAAUGUACUUUAGUAAUUAUUAAUGUACUUUUUACUAUUAUUAUUAUUUGAUGUUACUAUUAAAUAUUAAUAUAUAAGAUUUUCAUUAAAUUGCACUGUAA